ACUUUUUACUGGCCAAGUCCAAAUAAAUUUCUAAAAAAGCCCAAAUUUCUCAUUGUUCAAGUAAUGAUAAAUCCAGCCCAUUUUCAAUUUCUCCGUUUCUUUCUCAAACAGUUGCGGGAAGCAGCCGCGACCUGCGAGGCGCUAAUCAUCCUUCCAUCUCUCAACGUCUCUAGGACUCAAUUAAUGUUGAUUGAUGAGGCUUGGCUUGGGUUAGUCAGAGUACCAAAAUCAUAUUCAGUUCUUAAACAUCUGCACAUGUCCUUGUGGUAAUAUUUUUUGCUUACUUUUGCAACUUUAAUGUCUCUAUGGAAACCCCCACUUCCUAGGAUCCUCCUUAACAAUGUCUCUUGCAUGAGAAAUGCCCAACAAAUCUUGAGACAUGUAAAUGUUUCUGUCCACGAUGGUGGAGCACUUGUAUUGACUGGCAGCAAUGGCUCGGGCAAGACUACCUUCCUGCGAAUGUUAGCAGGGUUUUCUCGACCUUCUGCUGGUGAGAUCCUUUGGAAUGGUCAUGACAUCACACAAUCAGGGAUAUUCCACCAGUACAAGCUUCAACUCAACUGGCUUUCUCUCAAAGAUGCCAUUAAAGAAAAGUUCACAGUCCUUGACAAUGUUCAAUGGUUUGAGGUUCUUGAGGGCAAGCAGGGCAAGUCCUUGCCAGCACUGGAGCUAAUGGGGCUUGGAAGAUUAGCUAAAGAGAAGGCAAGAAUGCUGUCAAUGGGCCAGCGUAAAAGACUACAGCUUGCAAGGUUGCUAGCAAUUGACCGACCAAUAUGGUUGCUAGACGAGCCUUCUGUUGCAUUAGAUGAUGAAGGGGUAAGGCUGCUGGAGUAUAUCAUUGCAGAGCACAGAAAGAAAGGCGGGAUUGUGAUCGUGGCAACACAUUUACCUAUUCAGAUUGAGGAUGCCAUGAAUUUGAGGUUGCCACCAAGGUUCCCCAGACGGAUGACCUUGGUAGAUAUGCUCGAUCGUGCAGACAUAGCAUGACCAGUUGCAGCUACGUUUGAGUUAAAAACGGAUCUCUGGAGUGUGUUGUAGAUACCAUUGCAGUAGAGUAGAUCAAUCAAGUUCAGAGCACACAAGGCAUGUUCUUCUUGCCAAAAUUGAGACACUUUGAAGGGGACAUUGAGCCUUUCUUUUCCUUUUUGAGUUUUUUGAACUCGAGUAAUAAUUUUAGUUCUUGUUUCAGUGUAGGAACUUUGAAACCAGAAAGAAAUUAAACAAUCUUUU